AUGAAUAUAAACGCUACUUAACUAUUUAAACAUAUGGCUUAGAAUGUGAAGUUAAAACUUUAAUAGAUGUUCUUCAUCUAUUUUUACUUAUUAUAUUUGGUAAUACUAGUAAAAAGUGUAUCUAAGUCGAUAUAUACAGAGAUUUUGAUUAUUAAGUCCAUAUAGUAUUCGAAGGAUUCUUUAGAUAAGAUAACAUUACUAUCCUUUAUCAAAAAUUCGAAUUUUACUUUGCUCUUAUAAUUAGAAGGUGUUCUAUAAAAGAAAAUUGUAAUAAAUUUAUUUAUUUCUAGAUAUUAAAAUUGAGUUAAAUGAGGAAAUUUUAUGCCCUUUUAUCAAUAAUUAAAUUAAGAUUUUUUGAUUAUAUCUUUGUCAAUAUAAUUAUAUGUAUUAAAUCUUGUUAUUUAAUUUAUUUUCAUAAUUUUUCAAUUGAUUUUAUUUUCCAAAUUUAUAUUGUUUAUAUAAUUAAAAUGUUAUCUGAAAUUAUCAACUAGAAAUAAUAAUACAUAAAAUCUGAUACUAUAACUUUGAGUGAUUUUGGUAUUCAAACAAUUGGAUAUUCUAAUACAUUUAAAAACAUGUAUGUGAUUUGGUAGAUUAUAAUAGAACUAAGUUACAUCUCACAGGAAACAAAAUAGUAAAAUUAGAUGGAUUAGAAUAAUUUACAAAUUUACAAUACUUAAAUUUGUCUAACAAUCAGAUUGAAAGUAUAAAGGAAUUCUAACAUGUUCCAUAAUCAUUAUAGUGUUUGUUUGUAGCUGGAAAUCCUUUUACUUCUAAUUUGAAUUAUGGUUAUUCUUUGAUGUGCAUACUUAUGAAUUUAUAAUAGUUGGACAAUGACAAAAUAAAUAGAUAACUAACUUAAGAAUAUUAAAUUAAAAUGCAAACAUAUGGUUUUCAUGUAUUAGCAUAUUUUGUACAUUUUAACAAUAAAUAAUUAACUCCUAUAUUUAACAAUAGAUCAAUAAAUUAUAUACAGAAGCUUUUAAUGAUAAUAGAUUAAUUAGAAAAUGAAAAUAAAGAUGAAAUUUAAGGUUUAUGUCAAUAAUUGUAAAACCUAUAAUUUAAAAAAUCUAUUGCUGAUAUAAUCUUAAAGCAUAUCUGUAAAUUCGAAAGAGAUUAAUUCAAAAGUAAUAAUAUUAAUAUUUUCUUUGCUAAUUAAGCCAUGUAAUCUUAACAUACAGAUCUAUAGAAAUUUGCAGAUGAUGAAGGAUAUUAUUAAUAAGAAGUUCUUUAAGCUUUUAUAUCAUAUGAAGAUAAUCAAUAGUUUCCUACUUUCUCUUUAAACUAAGCUUAUAAUCUUGGGAUCCUAGAUUUUAUAUAUCAAAGUACUUUGACUCAAAAUACAACAUUUAGACCUUAAGAAGACAGAAUAAAAUAAUAUGUAGAACCACCACAAUAAAAUUUUUCAUUAAUCAAUAAAAGUAAUGCUAGUGUUUAGAAAAGCAUACUUAAACCUACUAGUUAUUCAGUAUCUACUUAAUCAAAAUUUGAUGAAUGUACUUAAGAAUAUCUUAAUAAUUAUAAAAAAUAAUAUCCAUUUUUGAAAGGAUUUGAAUAGUUAAAGAAGACUUUGCAGAAAUAUUAUUUAUAAGAAUUCAAAUUGAAAUUAAAAAAGAAAAUCAAUAGAUUAAAUUAAUAAUGUAUAGCUGGUACAUUUAAAUUGGAUUACUUUAAGAAAUUAUAUUAAAGAUAUUUAAUGAAAAUAGCAUUGCAAUAAAUCAAUAGAAAAUCAAAAAUAUCUAAUAUGAUCAAUAUUCUAUCGAUCUAGAGAAAACAUUAGUAAUUGUUAUCUAUUAAACAUAUAAAGAGUGUUGUGUAUGUAUAAAAGAAUAUGGCAAAUUUACAAAGAUAAAUAUAUUUAAAAAGAGCUGUAUUUAGACAUUUAAAUCCAAAAAUAAGAUAUGGAAAGAUAGCUAAAAAACUAUAAUUAAAGUUGAUAAUAUUAAAAAUAAAUGGAAUUUUAAGAGAAGCAUUAAAAUAAAUAAAAAUUACAGCUUUAACAUUUAAAGUAGAGAUAAGGAAAGACUUAGCAUUUUAAGUAACAUUAAAAAAGGAAAAGAAAUAAGAGUCACGUGCUUUAGAGAAUUUUAGAAAACUAAGAGAAUUGGGUAAUACUUAAUAUUGA